AUGUCGACGACAAAAUUUCCAGUGAACAACAUAUUACCAGCGAAUCCCCUCCCGAGAGGCCCAAAACGAGCAAGGACAGAACCUGAUGAGUCUGACGAAGGAUCGUAUGGAAGGCACAGACAUCGUGUUACAAGGGCCUGCAAUGAGUGCCGCAGGCGCAAAGACCGCUGUGGCGGUCAAAGGCCGUCCUGUAUGUCUUGUACCGAAAACGAUCGUGUUUGCAGCUAUGGUCCAGCAAAGAAACGUGGUCUCCGUCCUGGUUACGUGAGAGCUAUCGAAGCCUUGCUGGGGCUAAUGAUCACCACUAUCGAAGGGAGUGAAGCUUGGAUAUGCGGGCUACUACAGGGGAAUACAGAACAAGCUUUACUCCGGCCGGCUUCAUUCGAACUACAGGAGUCUGAUAUGUCUGUUGAUUUCUUACUUGAAACAUGGCGUAAAUGCAAUUUGGCCAAAAAAGCAGGAGAGCUCCUUGCACCAGAGAGUCUUGAGAUGGAUGAAGAUGGUACCGACUCAACUCGGUAUUUCGAUACGAAAGUAGUCGAAGCUCUUGCGAUAUCCCAAUCGUCAAGGGAGGGCGAUACGACCGCCCUCUUGACACCGAUGAACACAGACACAACACCACAUGAAGUUACAAUCAUUGACUCGCCUCCUACGUUCUUAGUCCAUACAUCCAACCAAUCCGCAGACGCAGUAUCACUUGUAUCGACAGUUCCCCAGCAAAAAUACCCUACAUCAAACGGUAAACGAUCAUCUGUCACACUUAUACCUCAACUCCCUACGAAUUGGCCACACCUUAUGGAUGUCUACUUCGAAACUACGCAUAGUUGGUUGCCCAUUUCGCAGAAGCACGAGCUUCUACGCACAGCUUACACGGUAGCAAAUAACCCAUCGACAUCCGCCAAUGCACCUUCUUCCGGUGAAUUAGCAUUCUUACAUGCUGUACUCAUGUAUGCGUCUCAUAAAGCCAGUACAAUACAAACCUUACCAAAGCCAUCACUCGACGAUAGUUAUGGUGAUGGAUCGCCGCAAGCUUUAACCCAGUCUUCCUUGUUUUCAAAUCCCGUCAGUUACGACCUGGGCCAUAUCAGAGCGUUCCUAGUACUAUCGCUGCUUGACAUGGAUCAGGACCGCUGGAGUAAGGCCUGGAUCUCAAUCGGUCGCGCAGUGUACACAGCAAUAUCACUCGGACUUAUAUCACGGGACUCGACAGAAAUACAGUCGGUAUUCAAUGAAGACGUUAAGAGAACUCUCUUGGGAUGUGUGAUACUGGAAACCAUAAUUGCUUCACGACUCGGCACAGCAACAUGUUUACAAUCUUCGGAUGUAUCACCAAAAAGCCUUCUCGUGACUGAUGGAAUAGAAGAGUGGGAGCCAUGGCAGCCUAGGAUCUUGGUAGACUCGAGAGCUGUUACAAAUCGACAGGUCUCAAAUCCUCAUAUGCCUGGACAUGUGAUAAGCACUUUCAACAGAUUCGUCCAGGUCAUAGCUCAUCUGAAUGGUUUGGUCAAUAAGCAAAAGCAGCCCACACCAGAUAGCUCUCUACACGAAAUAAUGCUUGCAUGUCAGGAAAAUCUCCUCGAGGAGCCUUCAACCGCCGUUAAUAUACCUCCUCAAAAACUCAGCCUUUGGAUGGCGUCGGUUGCAACACUCGAAGUUGCAGCAGCAAAACGUCUAGCUUCACACGGCACGCACUCACGACGUCCAGAUGGUUACUGGCAGAGCAUUUCAUCUUUGGUACAGCUGAUAGAGACCCGAGCUCAUUUUUUGGGGCGUUGCUCUGUGUCUCCGGUUAUCCAAAGUUGUUUGGAACUUUUAAAGAAGGCCAUCGCCAGUCACCAGCUACAGUAUGGCGACACUGCCGCCCAAGAUGAGUUUGACCUCCUUCAUCGGACCAUCGCUGCAUCCAUAGGCUCAUUACAACCCGCCUCGAACGGAGAAUCAGGCUUGGAUGAUAUCUCAAUUACUCCAACGACUAAUAUUUCGAACCCUCCUGCAUUUAUAGAUGAGCCCCCACCACUGCAAGCAGAUACAAUGCCCGAUAUAUCGGCUUCAACUUUUACCUUGGAAACGCAAUUAGACUUGAUGCAUUCUUCAAUAAGACAUCAUGAUAUACCUACAUCUGUCUUGCCGCAAUCGCUAGGCGCAGAAGACAAUGCGAACUUUGAAACAACAAGAUCUUCUUUGGAGGAAGACCUAGAAGACGACGGUCUUUUUGACAGCCUUGCGACACUGGACUCAACCGACUGGCUGGCGAAUCCACCUGAAUUUAUGCAACACCUCGGUCUGCUUGAUAACCCUUCGAAAACUAUGGAGAAUAUUUUUGAUAUGGAGUUCUAA